CAGCAACAAGGUCAAACGUCUAGAAAACGUCAACUUCAGCGUAGUUUACAAAUGUUUAUCCUUUCUUUAGUUAUUUAAGUAUAUGUUAUUGUGAAAUUUAAAUCCUAUAUAAAAAUAAUAUGAACGGAAAAAGUGUUAGAAGAUAAAUUCUGAAGGGAUGUGUUUAUAAAAUAAGACUAAUUAGAAGAUGAAAUGGAUGCUUAAUAUGAGAAAAAUAUGCUCUUUUAUUGAGUAAAAUGGAAGAACAAGUAGUUACAAUAGAUGUUGUUCCUCAAACAGUUACUGAGGUCAUUUAUUUGAGCCCUCAAGGAUUAAAUUUCGACAAAACCGUAGAGGUAGAGAGUUAUUAUUCGUCCUCUGGUGAAGAACAUGAAAAUGAAAUUUAUGAAAUUGGUUGUGUUGAUGCCACUCAGGUAGAGGAUAUGCCGCUUGUGUAUGACCAGUCUGAGUCCUUUGUAAUGCUGUCUGAUGAGUACCAAAUUGAUCAUGACAAUAACGAGCAGGGAGAAGUGGACAACAUUUCUGAAUGUAAUGAUACACUAGUUCAAAGUAGACCACCUGUCAAAAGAAAAAAGUUCUCAUGUCACGUUUGUAAGUCUAAAUUUUCUUCAAGAAAAAAGUUGUUUCACCACAGAGUAUUGCACAAAUCAAGCAUGGAAAAAGGUACAAAACAAACAGGAAAUAUCCUCAACAACACCCCAGUUAUAAAUUCUUGUAAAGUCUGUGGUAAAAAAUUUGAGAGAACACAAGCCUUGAGUAUUCACUUUAGAAAGUGUCACCAAGCUGUUCCUGUAGUUAAUUCAUCGCAACCUGAAUGUAGCAUAAACGAAGAUAUAAAGGAAUGUGAAAAUAGAUGCAGAGAAAUCCCCAAGUUUUAUUGUAAUAUAUGCGGCUGUCCCUGUGUGAAUGACAUUGCAUUACUAUUUCACUAUAGAAAACAUGAACCAAAAACUUACUCAUGUGAUAUCUGCGAAGCUGGUUACAACGAUGAAAACGACUUUAUUAACCACAAGAAGACACAUCAUAUCCAAUUCCUUUAUGCUUGUAAUAAGUGUGACGAAAGCUUUCCAACAACAGCCCUUGUCAGUUACCAUAUACGUCAAGUUCAUGCUCAGAGUAAGACAGUCAAAAUGGAACAGACUACUAAUAGGAAUUUGAGUGAAUGUCCUUAUAGUACAAAUAACACUGCAUUGGAUUCAAAUUCAAAGCAACUAUCAAUGGAGAAGGCGUCUCAGUUUCCAAGGCGAAAGCAUACAUGUAAUAUUUGCAAUUUGCAAUUUCGUUUUCAAGCUGCUUUGACGCGACAUUUAAAUGAACAUAUGAAACAAGAAACGCCAGAUUUCAACGAAUCCAAUGUGAAUUAAAGCAUAGUUGCCUUGUCACAUUGACAUUUUAUUUAGGGUAAUUUAGAGAACAAACGUUAGAAACCAAUUAGAAAUUAAUUAAGAUACAGUCUGGUCUUGUAUAAUUGUAUAAAACUAUUUGAAGUGGGUUGUGUGAACUUUUUUUCUUACAGUUUGUGUACCUGUUCUGCUUUUUGCAAUGUAAAGAUAUAUUAUUAUUGUUACGACCAAUUACAUUAUAAUUUAAUAGGUUUGCUAAUAUACAUCUAUAUAUAUAAA